CCUUCCUCCCCCCUCACCAAACCUUCUCUGGUUCCCUGACCUCAGUGAGAUUACAGCCGGUCUGGGAACCUGGGGGAAACAUGGAGAAAGAGACUGGGGACCCCCUGGCUGGAGUCGACCAAGGGAGUAGACAGUCAUGGCCGGAGAAUUGGAAUCAGAGGAGUGUUUGACCUCUGGAAACAGCUGCCGCUCAAAACUCACUAGGCAGGAGCUGCAAAGAACCGGAGCCUGGGGGGACCUGGUGGGAUAGGAAUGGGAGCUCCAGACCAGUCCCCUAGUGCCGGGUCCCCCCAUGGCGGACCCCAUACUCUAAGCACUCUUACUCUGCUGCUGCUCCUGUGUGGACAUGCGCAUUCUCAGUGCAAGAUCCUCCGUUGUAACGCUGAAUAUGUAGCAUCCACGCUGGGCCUUAGAGGUGGGGGUUCGCCGGGAGCGGGAGCUGGGGGCCGGGGUGCAGGGGCGGGGGCUGGCGGCCUCUGUCAGGCCCUGCGUUCCUACGCGCUCUGCACGCGGCGCACUGCCCGCACCUGCCGCGGGGAUCUGGCCUUCCACUCGGCGGUGCACGGCAUCGAGGACUUGAUGAUCCAGCACAACUGCUCCCGCCAGGGCCCCACGGCCCCUCCUCCGCCGCGAGGCCCGGUUCUCCCCGGCGCCGACCCGCUGCGCUCCUCUGGCCCCCCAGCCGUGGACCCCUGUGACUAUGAGGAUCAGUUUUCCCGGCUACACGGCCGUGCCCCCAGCUUCUUGCACUGUGCCUCCUUCGGGGACCCCCACGUGCGCAGUUUUCACCACCACUUUCACACAUGCCGAGUCCAAGGAGCUUGGCCUCUGCUGGAUAACGACUUCCUUUUUGUCCAGGCCACCAGCUCCCCUGUGGCAUUGGGGGCCAACGCCACCACCACGAGGAAGCUCACCAUUAUAUUUAAGAACAUGCAGGAAUGUAUUGACCAGAAGGUCUACCAGGCUGAGGUGGACAACCUUCCUGCUGCCUUCGAAGACGGUUCUGUCAACGGAGGCGACCGUCCUGGGGGCUCGAGCCUGGUGGUGAGCACUUCUAACCCUGGGAGCCAUGUGGAGAUCCGAGCAGCCUACAUCGGCACCACCAUAGUCAUUCGGCAGACAGCAGGGCAGCUGUCCUUCUCCAUCAGGGUGGCGGAGGAUGUGGCCCGUGCCUUCUCUGCUGAGCAGGACCUGCAGCUCUGUGUGGGCGGGUGUCCCCUGAGUCAGCAGCUCUCCCGCUCAGAGCGCAGCAGGCGUGGGGCCAUGACCGUGGACACAGCCCGGCAGCUGUGCAAGGAAGGGCUGCCCGUGGAAGAUGCUUACUUUCACUCCUGUGUCUUCGAUGUUUUAAUCUCCGGUGACCCCAAUUUUACUGUGACAGCUCAGGCAGCUCUGGAGGAUGCCCGAGCCUUUCUGCCAGACUUGGAAAAGCUGCAUCUCUUCCCCUCGGAUGUUGGGGUUUGCCUGUCCUCUGCAGAUGGCCUCGCCCCAUUGCUUUCCGGGCUCUGUGUUCUGUGGCUUUGUAUCCGAUGACUGGGCCAGCACUCCUGUGACUAGCUUGAGAAUGAUCUGGGGGUGGAGACUGGCAGGGAUAAAACAAUGGACCACUGAAGGAAAAAGUGCAAACUAAGAGAAAAAAGAAAUCAGUUUAUUAGGAGUCAGAUAAGACUGCAGUCCCGGCUUGAAUUGUGAUGGAAUACAGAUUCUGGACAAAUUUUAGGCCAUUCCAGGCCUCUAUAGUGAUUCUUCUCAAUUUUCCCAGUCCCGUUCAUAUAUUAUAGGAGAAUCAUUUGAAUCCAUCAAUUCCUGACAAUCAGUAGGAGACUCAAGGGUUGAGGCUUCUAGGCAGAAAGAACUGAAAGAGGAGGAUAUAAUCACUGCUGGUAAGAAACUCAAAUUUAACAAUACUUCCCCCCCCCCCCCCCAUAGGAAGAUGGAGGGAGAAGAAUAUGAUUAGGGGAAAAGCAGCUAUUUAGUAUUUUGGGGGUCCCCAGACCACCAUAAGUCAGAGUAGAACAGUGUUUGGGUUAAAAUAAAAACAGUACAUAAAUGAGUACAUGUGGGUAAGAUGUGAUCUGCUUUCUUGGUUCUGAAAUGAGGUGGAAAUGGCCUGGAUCUUCAGUGAACAGAACUCUGUCUUUAGAGAAUGAUACAGAUAAGUAAAGAAGCUAAUUGAUAAUUAAAGUUAAAUGCUUUCCAUCCUC